AUGAACAAUGGUAUAACUAAGAGCACAAAAAAGAAAAAGAAAUUCAGUUUAAAAAAGUUGAAUUGUGUUUUAAAGAAUUUAUUAGAUACUGAGUAUGACAAUGAUGACGUGAAAAAUACGGCUACCACCAAUGAAAAUAUUCAACAAGAUCGAAACCAAGAUAAUCAAGGCAACCUAGCGAGUAACAAAGACUAUAACCCGUUAAUAAAAAACAAUAAAAAUAACACUAAUGAUAGUAUAAGGAAGUUGAAGCCUGAUACAAGCACUGAGAAACUAACUACCAAUUCUAUAAUACGAAAAAAACCAAAAUUGUUAAAUAUCCAACAACAAAGACCCAUUAAUUCAUUAGCGUUUGGGGAUGAUGACAGUAGAACGAUGGAAGAAAAAGUAACUGAAUUUGUUAAAAAUGGACACACUUAUAUAUAUUCUAAGGAGAAUACAAUCAUACCAAAGUUAACCGAUGACGAAGUGAUUCAAAAGCAUAAAAAUGCCGAUGAAAAUAUGAAGAAAGCAUGGUUAGAUAUAAUAUCAAAAUACGAAAAUGUGGCUGAUCAGGGUGACGUAAUUGACCUACACACGGGUGAAAUUAUAGAAGAUAAUGGACAUUUAAGAAGUCUAAAAAGUAAUAAAUCACGAGUAGGUGACAAGUAUGUUAGCAGUAUAUUAAAUGGGAUAACUAUAAGCCAUGAAAAAUGGAAUAAUCAAGGUGAUAAGAGGUCUUUAUCUGGGCAUAGCAAUAUCGAUCUUGGAACUGAAGAUGAAGACGAUGAAGACUAUAUAGAAACAUCUGUAAAUACUGAAGAUUAUGUUUGGACCUCAGAAGAUGAUACUACUUACAAAAGUAGCGAUAAGGAUGUUUGGGAGGGUUAA